CACACCGUUUCAUUGCAUUGCCAUUUCAUCAAGACACAUCUCCAUCUCCCCGACACCUUACCACUGCCUUCCGAAAACGAUCGUGUCUCUGACUGCUCCAACAUCUGAGUGCUCGGCGUCCUGUUUCUCCACCAUGCUCUACAUAACCUGAGGAUCAAGAGCAGGCAAAGACAUGUCUGAAACAACCAGCGUGGCAAUGCUAUUUCCCCGGUCGCCCUACCUUUGUUCAAGAUCGCUAAUGUCCCUUCGUUUGGCGCUGUAACUCAAUAUCUGCGUCCCAAAUCGCCAAUCCAGAACUCAGGCAAAUGCGCUCAAUCCCCCGAGAAAAGGCAAGGUAAUCUUCCUUCGCAAAAUCUUCCUUCGCAACUUGCUACGCCCCAGCUCGACUCUCAGAUCGCCCUCACGACCCCAGGCGAAGAGAACAACAAGGCCUCCCAGUACCUUCCCACGCAGGAGAGUGACACGAUCGCUCAUCGACACUUUCCCAUCCCAGGCACAGCAGCAUCUUUCUGCUUUCCAAACAUCACGGCACGUAGUAAUGGCUCGUCACAACCGGACGUACGACGUAUGCAUCCUCGUCGUCACCAUCUUCAUCUUGAUCAUGAUCAAGCUUCUUAUCAGAGACCCCGGAGACCUUCCGAAAGGCCAUACUCCCGAGGUCAAGAUCGAGUACUCGCCGACUCAGGCGGCCAUGUGGCCGCAAUGGCAGGACGACAAGGUGGGUUGGGGCAAUGACCAAUCUCACGGAUGAUAUGAAGACGUUGGUCCCUUGC